GGGGGGGGGGAAGGGGGAGAAAGAGAGAGAGAGAGAGAAAAAAAGAUGCGCUGCGUCUCCCGUGACGCUGGCGCGCAGUUUGGGGAAGGAGUCCGCGGCGGCGACGCGCUGACACCCCGCUUUUAGAUGGAGCCAACAUUUGGGGUGCAGCAAAACAGGUGUCAGGGAAGUGUCGUCACGAACCCCGGAAGCCGGAGGAGGAGGUGGGAACAUCAGAGGGAAAGAUGGCAGCGAAAUCCGAUGGUCGCGGGGUCGUCACCGGUUUCGCCCAGCUGCACAACCUGGACGAAGUGGUGGGGACGGGAGAGGACGACGCGCGGGACGGCAGCUCCUUCCACAUCUGCCACUGCUGCAACACCUCGUCGUGCUACUGGGGCUGCCGGAGCGCCUGCCUGCAUUACCUCCGGAGGAAGGGGAGAGGGAAGGGGAGGGAUGCGGGGCGACCACCGCAGGAGGAGCGCCUCUGGCUGGACUGCCUGUGGAUCGUCCUGGCGCUGCUGGUGUUCUUCUGGGACGUGGGCACCGAUCUGUGGCUGGCCGCCGACUACUACCACAAGCGGAACUUCUUGUGGUCCAGCCUGACUCUGUUCUUUGUGCUGGUGCCCUCGGUCCUGGUCCAGAUCCUGAGCUUCAGGUGGUUUGUGCAGGAUUACACCGGCGGCGGAUUGGGCUCCGUGGAGGGACUCAGCAGUCGGAGGGCUACGGCUGGUUUCCAGAGGGACAGGUGCUGUCGCCUGUCUGUCUGGGUCUGGCAGACCAUCAUUCACAUCUUUCAGAUGGGACAAGUGUGGAGGUACAUUCGCACUAUGUAUCUUGGGAUACAAAGUCACCGGCAGAAGGAGAACCAGAGGCGCUUUUAUUGGGCUAUGAUGUACGAGUAUGCUGAUGUCAACAUGCUGCGACUGCUGGAGACCUUCUUAGAGAGCGCCCCUCAGUUGGUGCUGCAGCUCUGCAUCAUGAUCCAGAGCAACAAGGCUGAGUGGCUGCAGUGUCUUUCUGCCAUGUCCUCCCUAACGUCGUUGGCCUGGGUGCUAGCCUCUUACCACAAGCUCCUCCGCGACUCGCGUGACGACAAGAAGAGCAUGAGUUACCGAGGCGCCCUGGUGCAUCUGUUCUGGCGCCUUUUCACCAUCUCUUCACGGGUGCUCUCCUUUGCCCUUUUUGCCUCAGUUUUCCACAUCUACUUUGGCAUUUUUGUGGUGCUCCAUUGGUGCGCCAUGGCUUUUUGGGUCAUCCAUGGCGGCACUGACUUUUGCAUGUCCAAAUGGGAAGAAGUACUGUUCAACAUGGUGGUGGGCGUGGUCUACGUCUUCUGCUGGUUCAACGUACGCGAGGGCCGGACGCGGUACAGAAUGGUGGUCUACUACACCGUCGUGUUGCUGGAGAAUGCCAUCCUGACCUCACUUUGGUACGCAUACCGCGACCCAGCCACCACUGACGCCUAUGCCUCUUUUGCCAUCUGUGGCGUCUUCCUGUGCUUUGCCUCAGGCGUGGCCUGCAUGAUUCUCUACUACGGGGUCCUACACCCCAUGGGCCCCCGAAUGAGGAUGUUGGCUUCCUCCUGCUGUGCUGAGCUGCUAUGGGGCCUCCCGUUACCACCUGAAGCUGAGCCAAUGGCUCCCACGCCUGGGCCUCGUGGCUCCCAGGCCACCCCUACACGAGGCGCGGCAGGAGAACAGAUGGGGUUAGACGAAACAGCGACAGACACAUGCCUUCCGGUUUUCCAAGUGAGGUCUACAGAACCUGUGGACGCGGCAGGCCGGCCCAUCCCGCCUGAGGGCCCGCUUAUUAAAAUAGACAUGCCCAGAAAACGCUAUCCAGCCUGGGACGCACACUUUGUUGAUAGGCGACUGCGCAGGACCAUAAACGUGCUGCAGUUUAUUAGCCCCAAUGCGGUGGGCAUCAGGUAUAGGGACGGUCCACUCCUCUAUGAACUUCUACAGUAUGAAUCCUCCCUCUGAAGGCCCUGUCCGUGAUGCUAUCCUCACCUUUUACACAGAAUGAUGCGCACGCAUUUCGUUUCUCCUCAGAUGUUGCAUCUUUCCAUGCGUUCUCGGGCUCUCUUCAUCACUCUUCGAUGAUCUGAAAGUUUUCCAGUUUUCCAGGACAUAUUUUUUUGUCAACCAAAAACCCAACAGACAAAUGUUCAAGAAUUAUUUUUGGAGAAAAAAAAAACAAAACAAAAAAACAACACACACAUAGUACAGAGAGAACAUGUUACAGUAUACUAUUUGAUAAAUAUAAUACAUAUAUAUAAAUAUAUAUGUCUCAGAUAAAUCUCUCUAUACUGAUAAAGGAGGCUUCUAAAUGAGUGUGUAGAUAACAUAUGAAUGUUUCAUUAUGAAAUGUGUUUAUGUGUUAUACUGUGUUGGUGACUCAACCUGUGGAUAUUUGUGAAGGGCAUACUGUGUGUCUCGCUGACAUGGGACUGGUGCAAAACCUUAUGGGAAUGAUGGAGGAGAGUCUCAGAGGGGCCAGGUCUUUGCACACCCCUAAAUUUACUGCCAUUUUCUUUGUAACUCACUGAAAUAUAUGAAACAAAUAAUGUUUACUAAGUACUUAGCCAAUUAAUAAAAAAAUAUGCUUAAAAACAAUAUGGGUGAUACUUCAAGAUGUAAUUCUGAAAUUGUGUUUGUUGUAUGUUUUAUUUUUUUUUUCCUUUUUGUGUUUCAUUUGUUCACGUGAACUGUACUUUUUUUUCAUUUUAAUUUAGAUGCAAAAUGCUUUUAAAUUCAUGAGACACUGGCCUUCAAUCUGUUUUACAAACAAAAUUUUUCUACAAUGUAGACUGCCCUCUGGUGGGAAGGAGCUGUAACAAAUUGCCUUGUGAGACUCAAAGCAUCAGCACAAAAAAAAAAAACCUUAAAUAAACCAUUUAGAAAUAAAAAGUUGUAGAAAAGAAGCACAUUUUCCAAUUUAAUUAUUACAAAACGCGCUAUAAGCAUUCCAAAGACUUUUUAGAUAGCCUUUAGGUAGUUAAUUACGAGUGAAAAGGUAUAAGUGCAUUUUAAGAUGCAAAUGUUUGCGUGCCGUACAAAGACAGCCUUCAGAGAAUCCUCCACCAUUCCCUUUCAAAUACUGGAAAGUAUAACCUCCCUAUUUUGUUAUAAAAUGUUAUUUAUUUAGUUCUAGUAAUCAAAUGAUAGGUGCAAAGACUUCUAUAAAACACACACACACACAUCUGAGAUAUUUAUGUGCCAUCAUACUUUAUUGUCGACAUUUAUGGUGACUGAGAACAUUUUAUAUUUUCUGUUUUGACAUAGCUCACUUCUACAGCGUUAAACGGUACACUCCUCACCAACUGUGUGCCCUUAAACAGAGGUGAUAACCUUAUGUACCCUGUGUGACUGCUCUGGAACUAGCUGACACGUUGAAACAAAGCCAAAUCAAAUCUUAAAGUACUGUCUUUGUAAUUUAGCUGCCCCUCGUUCCUUCCCCCAACCCCCAGACCGAUGGGUCUGUGCGAAACUGUGCCGUCUUACCGGCACGCUGUGCAGCAGUUAUAACAUUAAGAAAUUCAACCAUGGUUCAUUCUGUGUGGACUUUUUCCACGAUUGAUACCCCUAGGGACAACCACAACCAUCCCUCUAUCUCAAAAAAGAAAAAAAAGAAGAGAAAUAUAUGAAAAAAGUGUGUAUAUAUGUCUACAUAAUACCAUGCCUUCUAAGUUAAAGGAGCUUGACUAAAAUUUCCACAGAGGGCUACUGAAAAAUUCAUGAGAAUAAUGAAUGCAUUUCAUAAUUCGUUUCAUUUAUAAACUCAAUGAGUCAUUUGAAUUUAUGAUGUGUUUUUUUGUUUUCUUUUACAUUGUAGUGUUUGGCAUGAUUUUACCACAGUAUUGAUGAAACCCAGCAGGGGUUUCCCAAGAGCCCUUUACAAACACAGAGAUCCCUGUUUCCUGACUUACCGGCGUUCGGCAUAGCUGUGGCCUUGUGUGCCUGCUAACAUUGUACUGUAAAAAAAAAAAAGCAGAUGCCCUGUAAGUCCCGGAUAAAGGUCAAAGAGGGUUUUUUUUUUGUUUGUUUUGUUUUUUUUGCCAGGGAUGGAAAAGAACAUGAGGACAGAAUGCUGUACGGGGACCGAUUAGAUAUCAGGGGCGUUCGCUUGUCCGUCCGUAGACAUUUCCCACGGUUCUGUCCUAUUGCCGAAUGUUUGACUCCAUCCUUGGUUGCUGCUCCACCCUCUUCCCUGACUGUUCAGGGCCUUGGCACACUCCUGCAAAACACUCUCUGGUCAAUGAACAACAGGGCUGAGGCUUAACAAACAGAGAUCCUGACAUGAGAACUUGCAAUGAGGUACACUGCCAUGACUAAAAGCUCCAAUGUGAGGCUGGGGGCUUCCACCCUUUAGCCCUGAAUUAUUGAGGACUGUUGGGUGUACAAGGGUGAAGCAAACAGCCAGCAUGCCAGAUUGAUGCACGUCUGUAUGCAAACAAUUAAGUCCUUCAUUUUUUCAUUAUAUCAACUAGAGUAGCUUCUCUGCUUAGUGAAGGAACAGCCAUGUUAAAUAGGGUAGCUGAUGAGUGAUUAAUAAAUAAGUAAAAAAAAAAAAAGAAAAAUAGCCAAUAGAGGUGUUCCUCAGGACCAACAACCAAGACAACUGACCAAGCUGACUCAGGGGUGUCUCAAAGCAGUUCUCAUCCCCAGGCGUAUCCUUUAGGGUCUGUAUUGUUUGUUUUUUCUUUGCAUAUUUCAUCCUCUUCGGCUGGGAUUACACCUCUCAGUUCCAGUUUGCACUUUUUCUUUCAA